AUGGGUGUAUGUACAAAAGGAAUCUCUGCAAUCUGCACGGGCUAUGAAACCACAUUUGGUGAGACAUUCUACGAUAACAAUAAUAGGGGGUUUCCAUCUUUGCAACUUUGCCAUCUUCACUGGUCAAAGCAAAACCAAUCUCUAAUCUUUGUCUUUCUUUCUUCGAGGUGCGAUAGGCAAGGAGAUCAUCAAGAAGAGAGUUCAGAACUUGUUGCAAUAGGCAAGGAGAUCAUCAAGAAAUGUGGAGGAUCGCCUCUUGCAGCACUGGCAUUAGGAGGUGCGAUGAAUUCUAGAAGCACCGAAAAAGAAUGGGUUGAAGUUCAGAGAAGUGAUCUUUGGAGUUUACCAGAAGAGAAUGAUAUUAUGCGUGUCUUGAGAUUAAGCUACUCUUGUUUAUCGCCAACACUAAAGCAGUGUUUUGGCUUUUGUGCCAUAUUUCCCAAAGAUGAAGAAAUCAUGAAGCAGGAUUUGAUUCAUCUUUGGAUUGCUAAUGGGUUUAUUUCAUCACGGCUAAAUUUGGAGGUGGAGGAGGUUGGCGACAUGGUUUGGAAUGAAUUAUGCCAAAAAUCAUUCUUCCAAUAUGUGAGGAGUGAUGAUUCUUCUGGGAACAUUUAUUUCAAGAUGCAUGAUUUAGUCCAUGAUCUUGCUCAAUCUGUUUCAGAGCAAGAGUGUAUAUACUUGGAGUCGGAGAAACAAAGCCUAGGUGAUUUUUCAAGAAACCUCCAUCACAUUGGUUUUUCAGCCUUAAAUAGAAGUCAACUCAAGAAGAGAGACUUAGAGAAAGUUGAAUCCUUGAGAACAUUGUAUAAAUUGAAUAUAGAUCAACCGACUCCAACAAAUCAUUCUCUUCGGGUUUUGUGCAUAUAUCGUGGAAAGAAACCAUCUUUUGGGAGUUUAACUUGCUUGAGGUAUUUGGAACUUUGUGAUUUAGAUAAUAUAAAGAGCUUGCCUCCUAGUAUUUGCAAUUUGCGUAAAUUGGAAAUCCUGAAACUAAUAGCGUUGUGGAGACUUCACGAUCUACCAAAACAGUUGACUAAGAUGCAAAAUCUCCGACAUCUUAUCAUUGAAGCAUGUACUUCUCUAUCUAGUAUGUUUCCUGACGCUCACAAAUUACGUGAUCUGAGAACACUAAGUAAAUACAUUGUGAAAUCAGAGAAAGGGCAUAGUUUGACGGAAUUACGUGAUUUGAAUCUGGGAGGAAGGCUAAACAUCUCAGGCCUAGGAAAUGUUGGGAGUAUAUCUGAAGCUGAAGAUGCCAACUUGAAGGGUAAACAAGACCUUCGAGAAUUGAUUUUGUCAUGGAGCAAUAGUGGUUGGAGGAAGUCGGUAGUGGGAGCAGAAGAAGUACUUGAAGCGCUUCAACCUCACUCCACACUCAAGCUGUUGACGAUACACGCCUAUGAGGGAUUACAUUGGCCAACUUGGAUGGGAAACAAUUCUGCAACCAACAAUUUAAUUUCUCUUCACUUUUACGAUUGUCAAAACUGCCAUUUACCUCCAGUAGGCAAACUUCCAUGUCUAAAGAAGCUUGUGGUAUCAGGCAUGGAUGAUGUGCAGUACAUUGACGAAGAUGAAAGUUAUGAUAAUGUGGAAGCAACCCCAUUAUUCCGAUCUUUGGAGGAAUUGGAGGUCCACAAAUUGCCAAACAUGGAGCGGUUGUUGAAACGGGAAACAACACACAUGUUGCUCUCUCUUUCUUACCUCUACAUCAAUAACUGCCCUAAACUGCAAUUGCCAUGCCUUCCAAGUGUUAAAAAACUCCAUGUUAGGGAAUGUAGCAAUGAGCAACUGAAGUCAAUUUCUAAUCUCAACGGUCUUAAUGACCUUGAUCUUCAUGGAAGUGAUCAAGUGUUGUGCUUCCCAGAGGGGAUGAGGGACAACAUGACCUCUCUUGCAACUCUGGAGAUAUAUUCUUUCAGAGAAUUGAAGGAACUGCCAUCUGACAUCACAAAACUCACUGCUUUGUCUCAUCUAACCAUCAAUGACUGUGGAAAGCUGGAGUGUUUACCAGAACAGGGUUGGGAAGGCUUAUCUUCACUUCGAGAACUGUCAAUUGAAUUCUGUGAGAGUUUGAGAUCCUUGCCUGAUGGCGUUCGGCACUUAACUUCACUUCAAUCUUUGACUAUUAAUAGCUGUCCAGUGUUGAAAAAGCGAUGUGAGGAAGGAACAGGGGAGGAUUGGCACAAGAUAGCACAUGUUCCCCAUAUACGUUUGCGGUAAUCAUUGUAUCUGUUUAUUUGUAUCUUAGU